AUGAAAUUACUUUCCUUUAACUUAUUUAUGCUAGCCUUUUUCUUUUUUGUUUUAACAAUGUCCCUUUGUAAAAAAGUGCUGUUUAUUGAUAUAUUAAAUGGAAUUAAUGUGAACUAUAACAAAAAAAAAUAUAUAAAUAAAAAUAUGUCUUAUAACCAUGAAAAUGUUUCACAAAAGACUUUAUUUGUAAGUAAAAAUGAAAUACAGACAUCCAUAGCAAAUGAAGAAUCUUGUACAUUAGACGAUGAUAAAAAUGAAAAUAUAUUAAAGCAAUAUAUCUAUACAUUAUCCCACUUAACUAUUUUUGACAUUGAUAGAGAAAAAGAUAUCCCCCUAAACAUUUCUUUAUUGUUAAAAGCUUGUUUAGCAUCACAUAAUUAUAUUAAAAAUGUGGAAAUAUAUACUUCAGACGUAAAAAAUAAAAAUUUGUGUUCAUUCAUUUAUGAAAACAGGGAAAAUUUUGAAAGCUUUUUUAAUUUACACGUCUUAAAAUAUUUGGAAUUUUUUGAUAAUCCAAAUAUCGAAGAACUAUUAAAAUCAUAUAUAGAUGAAAAAAAUAUUUAUGAAAAUGAGUUCGAAAUUUAUAAAAAAAUAGAUAAAAAUACAACAAUUAAGAAAGAUAUAUUAUUAGAUAUCCUCUUCGAAUGUUUAAGAUUAAAUAAAAUAAUUCAGUACUCUCUUGCAAUCAAUAAAUUCAACGUGCUCUCAUAUCAUAUCAUGUUAAAGAUUUUUGCUUAUUUUAAAAGUAAUGGUAUUUAUUAUUAUAUAUUUCUACAUAAUAUAAAUAAAAUAAAAUAUUAUUACUCAAAAAAAAAUAUAAAGGAGGAAGACAAAAAUAAGAUAUAUCAAAUUGUGGACCAUUAUCUACACAUUUUGAAUUACAUGAACACUAUGUAA